UUAGCAGGGAAAGUGGCAUUGGUGACUGGUGGAGCCACCGGUAUUGGAGAAAGCAUUGUGCGCCUAUUCCACAGACAUGGUGCAAAAGUUUGUUUAGUUGAUGUGCAGGACAACCUAUCCUUGCAAGUCUGCGAAUCGCUCGGUGGUGACCCAAAUGUUAGUUAUUUCCAUUGUGAUGUCACAAUAGAGGAUGAUGUUAGCCGUGCAGUUGAUUUCACGGUCAAUAAAUAUGGCACACUUGAUAUCAUCGUCAACAAUGCUGGGGUGUCAGGCUCACCUUGUCCCGACAUCCGCGAUGCAGACUUAUCCGAGUUUGAGAAGGUAUUUGAUAUUAAUGUGAAGGGAGUCUUCCUUGGAAUGAAACACGCAGCUAGGAUAAUGAUCCCACUGAAGAAGGGCAGUAUAAUUUCCCUUUCCAGUGUUUCAAGUGCUUUAGGAGGCUUGGGACCACAUGCAUACACAGGGUCCAAGCAUGCUGUAUUGGGGCUCACCAAGAAUGUUGCUGCCGAGCUUGGAAUUCAUGGGAUUCGUGUUAACUGUGUUUCUCCUUACGGAGUUGCGACAAAUUUGGCUUUGGCUCACUUGCACGAGGAGGAGAGAACUGAAGAUGCCUGGGCAGGUUUCCGUUCGUUUCUAGGGAGAAAUGCCAACUUGCAAGGAGUAGAAUUGACUGUUGAUGAUGUAGCUAAUGCUGUGCUCUUCUUAGCAAGUGAUGAGUCCAAGUACAUAAGUGGAGAUAAUCUUAUGAUUGAUGGGGGCUUCACUUGUGUAAAUCACUCACUAAGAGCAUUUAGAUGAUGGGGUAAAGUUAAUCGGAUUGGUGCCUUGUUUCGAAUGGCAGCUUGGAGCAUGUUG